AUGCGUUUAAUAUCAAAAACUCAAUUCAAUCUAUGUCAUAAACUCAAAUCAUCCACUAUCAAACACAUCACACGUUCAUUAGCUGUACAAACACAAGAAAAACAUAAUGUAGAAGCCAAACAUUCAAAUGGAGCACAUGCUACAUCAAAUUAUAAAAUAAUCGAUCACACGUAUGAUGCCAUUGUCGUAGGAGCGGGUGGAUCUGGACUGCGAGCUGCAUAUGGAUUAUCAACAGCCGGUUUCAAAACAGCUGUGAUUAGUAAAUUAUUUCCAACAAGAAGUCAUACAGUGGCCGCACAAGGUGGAAUAAAUGCAGCGCUUGGAAAUAUGGAGCCAGAUGAUUGGAGAUGGCAUAUGUACGAUACGGUUAAAGGUUCAGAUUGGUUAGGUGACCAAGAUGCAAUUCAUUAUAUGGCAGAAGAAGCAUCCAGAGCCGUUGUUGAAUUAGAAAAUAUUGGUAUGCCAUUUAGUCGCACAAAAGAUGGUAAAAUUUUACAGCGUGCAUUUGGUGGACAAUCGUAUAAUUUUGGUAGAGGUGGACAAGCAAGACGAUGUUGUUGUGUAGCCGAUCGUACAGGACAUGCAAUGUUACACACACUAUACGGACAAUCGUUAAAAUAUGCUACAGAUUAUUUUAUUGAAUAUUUUGCCCUUGAUUUGGUUAUGAACAAAGAUGAAUGUGUGGGGGUUAUUGCUAUGAAUCUUGAAGAUGGAUCAAUACAUCGAUUCCAAGCGAAUAAUACCGUUUUAGCCACUGGUGGUUAUGGUCGGGCUUAUUUCUCCUGUACUUCAGCUCAUACUUGUACUGGUGAUGGCAAUGCUUUAGUAACAAGAGCUGGAUUAAAAAAUCAAGAUAUGGAAUUCGUACAAUUUCAUCCAACGGGUAUUUAUGGUGCCGGUUGUCUAAUAACAGAGGGUUCUCGUGGCGAAGGUGGAAUUUUGAUAAAUGCGAAUGGAGAAAGAUUUAUGGAACGUUAUGCACCUGUAGCUAAAGAUUUAGCAUCGAGAGACGUUGUAUCACGAUCAAUGACUAUUGAAAUUAGAGAGGGAAGAGGUGUUGGAAAAGAGCAUGAUCACAUCUAUUUACAAUUAAGUCAUCUGGAUCCAAAACUUUUACAUGAACGUCUGCCAGGUAUUAGUGAAACAGCACGCGUUUUUGCCGGCGUUGAUGUGACUAAAGAGCCAAUACCUGUAUUACCUACUGUUCACUAUAAUAUGGGCGGAGUACCAACGAAUUAUAAAGGGCAAAUAAUACAAACAGACAAAAAUGGAAAAGAUCGCGUUAUUAAAGGACUGUAUGCGUGUGGAGAAUGUGCAUCGGCUAGUGUACAUGGAGCUAAUCGUUUGGGAGCAAAUUCUCUACUGGAUUUAGUCGUAUUUGGACGAGCAUGUGCGUUGACUAUAGCCAGUGAGCACAAACCAGGAGAGAAAAUUCAAGAAUUGCCCCAGAAUGCUGGUGAAUCAUCAUUAGCAAAUUUAGAUAAAAUAAGAAAUGCAAAUGGAACAACGACAACAGCACAACUACGACUAAAAAUGCAAAAGGCUAUGCAAAGUCAUGCUGCUGUAUUUCGUGAAGGUACAACAUUGAAAGAAGGAUGUAACGUAAUGGAUGAAAUAUUUCAAGAACAAAAAGAUCUCAAAAUCUUUGAUCGUGGUCUUAUUUGGAAUACCGAUCUUAUUGAAACAUUAGAGUUACAAAAUUUAUUAUUAUUAGCAUUACAAACAAUCUAUGGAGCCGAAGCAAGAAAAGAAAGUAGAGGAGCACAUGCAAGAGAAGAUUAUCCUCAUCGUAUCGAUGAAUAUGAUUAUACUGAUUUAGAAAAAAAUCCCAUUGCUAAUCAAAAGAAAAAACCAUUUGAACAACAUUGGAGAAAACAUACAUUGUCGCACACAGAUCCUCACACAGGAAAAACCACUCUGACUUAUCGUCCAGUUAUUGAUAAAACAUUAGAUGAAUCCAAAUGCGCCAGUGUACCACCAAAACCAAGAGUUUAUUAA